AUGUCUAAACAAAUUGAAAAGAAACCAAUCAGCUUUGCUAAUAUCGCUCUUGGUGCAGGUUUGAAUCUUGCUGAAGUGACUACUUUGGGUCAACCAUUGGAAGUCAUUAAAACCACCAUGGCCGCCAAUCGUUCCUUGACCAUGCCCCAAGCUGCUAAAUUUGUUUGGUCUCGUGGUGGGAUUUUAGGAUUCUAUCAAGGUUUAAUCCCUUGGGCUUGGAUCGAAGCCAGUACUAAAGGUGCCGUGUUAUUGUUCGUUUCUGCCGAGGCUGAAUACCAAUUCAAGAAAUUGGGUAUGAACAAUUUUGUCAGUGGAAUGGGUGGUGGUAUCACUGGUGGGUUAGCUCAAGCCUAUUUGACUAUGGGGUUCUGUACAUGUAUGAAAACCGUGGAAAUUACACGUUCCAAACAAGCCCAUACUCCAGGUGUUCCACAACAAACUUCAUUCCAAGUAUUUAAAGAAAUCUGGCGCAAAGAAGGGAUUAGAGGUAUAAAUAAAGGUGUCAAUGCCGUUGCUAUUAGACAAAUGACCAAUUGGGGUUCGAGAUUUGGGUUCAGUAGAUUGGCUGAAGAAUCAAUCAGAACUUUGACCGGAAAAUCAGAAUCACAAAGGUUGCUGGCCUGGGAAAAAAUUGCUAGUAGUAUCAUUGGUGGUGGGUUGAGUGCUUGGAAUCAACCAAUUGAAGUUAUUAGAGUCGAAAUGCAAAGUAAAACAAAUGACCCAAACCGUCCAAAGAACUUGAGUGUUGCUGGGGCUUUCAAAUACAUCUACCAACAAAAUGGUAUCAAGGGAUUAUAUAGAGGUGUCACUCCAAGAAUUGGGUUAGGUGUUUGGCAAACAGUAUUUAUGGUCGCGUUUGGUGAUAUCUUCAAAAGAAUGUUGAAUACCGAUGGUGCUGGUCAUUAA